AUGCCAGACAUAGAACGACAACGCCGAAAAGAUUGUUUUACUGAUGAUUUUGCUAUUAGUGCAUGGUCUCCGCCUGUUCAUCCUUUUCCUCGCACCGCUGCGGCAACUGUCGGUCAGCGACCUUGUUCACCUUCCUCUGACCCUCCUAAACGACAAGAACCUGAAUUUAUGUACGCUCAGAUAUUGCGAGAUAUCUUAGUUGACAUUGGCUCAACAAAAGAAGAAAUGAUUGAAUUUUGCCGUGAAAAAUGUGCUGGUAAUAAAGUAGACUUGAACUACAUUGAUGAGUUUGAAGAGUAUUAUACACCUCGUAACGCCAUCUUCUGGUACACACGUGAUAGUUUUCUUUAUCGGGUUCUAAACAAGGCUCUGAGAGAACAGGACAUCGAUAUACUCUACAGUCUACGGUACUUUAUUAAAGAUUUCCAUCUCCAACUGGAAGAACUCUCACGCCGAGAAGAGCCGAUACCUCCAGAACCUACCAUUCCUGAUACAAGCAAUUCAAUGAUUGUAACCGUUUAUCGAGGACAGUUGAUGAACAAUGAAGAAUUUGAUAGAAAAAUCCGUUUUAAUGCUGAAGGUUUCUUCUCUGUCAGCCCUUUCUUAUCAACGACAUUUCAUCGACAUCUGGCUGCUGUCUAUGCUGGUGAUCGCAGGAGUGGUGAAGAAUCAUCACACCAAAAUAUCCUGUUUCAAAUUGAUAUUAAUAGUCAGGUGAACAAAUUUCCCUAUGCAGACAUUUCUGAGUACAGUGCAUUUGAAAAGGUUGAAGCUGAAGUUUUAUUCACAAUGGGAGCUGUGUUUCGAAUACACUCGGUUGUAAAAAGUGAUGAGCGCUGGAUUGUAAAAUUGAAACUCACCAACGAAGAAGAUGAAGACCUGGCUAGCCUCACCAAAUAUAUGAGAGAAGAGAUUACACACUUAAUGCUAUUUCCACUUAGCAAAUUAGCAAAUUUGAUGUUAGCGAUGAGAAAGUAUGAGCAAGCCGAGCGAUUCUAUCUGGGAUUACUUCGUGAUCCCAAAAUGACCAAAGACUUCGGGGUACUUUCAGCUUUUCAUAACAAUCUUGGCAAGGCAUAUAGUGAAUUGAAUAAGCCGAUAAAAGCAAUUGAACAGUAUCAACAAUCCUGUGAAAUCAAAAUUAAACACUUCGGAGAAACUAGUCCCGCCCUAGCCCCCACAUUCAAUAAUUUAGGACAACUUUAUUACGAGCAAAAAGAUUAUGACAAAGCUUUGGAAUAUUACAAUAAGGCAUUACACGUUCACCCAUCGGUUGACAAAGAAAUUGCAGUUAUUUAG